CUAAUUAGUUGUUAUCAUAUGGUAUAUCAUUGUAUUACACUAAUUCUACCAAUUAAAUUAAAAUUCUACACUAAUAACAUAUUUGAAACUCGGUCGAGAUGCUCACCCAAUCUACUUCCACCUGGCAAAAAGUCAAAAACUCUGUAUUCGUUUAACGGUGCAGAUGACCUGUCCUCGGCACGAUGCAAAACCCAUUUUUCUUCACGGAACACCCACAAUUAUCUCCCCGUCAAAAAAAUCUAAAGCGGCCGAAGGGGGAAAAAUGCGAGGAACACGAGCAGCAGUACAAAACGUUUUAAGAGUCCUCUUGCUGCUCAGCACUCUAAUGGCGUCACGUUUCUCGCUCUCUCGCUCCGUUCACCCAAUCCUCAAGCGCCCGACUCGCUUCCUCACUCACUCUCCCCAUUUUGCCCCCAGUCCUCCUCUUAAAUCCCGUCCCUGCCCCCUCUGGUCCGCUUCCUUCUCCUUCUGCCUCGCUUCCUCUUCUUCUUCCUCCUUCUCCCCGACUUCUCUCCCCGUCUUCUCUCCUUCCCAGUCCCCUCGCCGCUACGCUUCAUUCUCUCCCCCUCCUUCCCCGCCGUCUGCCAUGGCCGCCGCCGUCGCUGCUGCCGCGGAUGUUGAGAAUCCUCUUCUGAAGAACUUCGAUUUCCCUCCGUUUGAUUCCGUCGAGGCCGAUCAUGUCCGUCCAGGGGUUCGCGCUCUUCUCAAGCAGCUCGAGGAUGAUCUGGACGAACUGGAGAGGACCGUGGAGCCGACUUGGUCGAAGCUGGUGGAGCCGUUGGAGAAGAUUGUCGAUAAAUUGAGUGUUGUUUGGGGCAUGGUUAAUCACCUUAAGGCGGUCAAGGAUACCGCCGAGCUCCGGGCUGCUAUCGAGGAAGUUCAGCCCGAAAAGGUGAAGUUUCAGCUCAGGUUGGGUCAGAGUAAACCGAUUUACAAUGCUUUUAAGGCCAUUCAGGAAUCUCCCGAGUGGCAGCAUCUCAGUGAUGCUCGGAAGCGGAUAGUUGAGGGCCAAAUAAAGGAGGCUGUCCUCGGUGGUGUUGCUCUAGACGACGAGAAAAGAGAAGAGUUCAAUAAAGUUGAGCAGGAACUGGAAAGAUUGUCUCAAAAGUUUGGCGAGAAUGUGCUGGAUGCCACAAAGAAGUUUGAAAGGCUUGUCACGGAUAAGAAAGAAAUUGAAGGAUUGCCUCCUACUGCACUUGGGUUGGCUGCACAGACGGCUGUAUCCAAGGGUCACCCUGGAGCAACUUCUGAGGAUGGGCCAUGGAUAAUUACCUUGGAUGGCCCUAGUUUUAUGUCUGUCAUGCAACAUUGUCGAAACCGUGGUUUGCGUGAAGAAGUUUAUCGUGCCUACAUUACUCGUGCUUCAAGUGGAGAUCUUGAUAAUACACCAAUUAUUGAUCAAAUACUAAAGCUUAGGCUGGAAAAGGCUAGGCUCCUUAACUACAAUAACUAUGCUGAGGUAAGCAUGGCGACCAAAAUGGCUACCGUUGAGAAAGCUCAAGAGCUUCUGGAAAAGCUGCGAUCAGCUUCUUGGGAUGCUGCAGUUAAAGACUUGGAAGAGCUUAAGUAUUUUGCCAAAAGUCAAGGUGCUGCAGAAGCAGAUGACUUGAGACACUGGGACAUUAGCUUUUGGGCAGAGAGGCUACGCGAGGCAAAAUAUGAUAUCAACGAGGAGGAAUUGAGGCCUUAUUUCUCAUUGCCAAAGGUUAUGAAUGGCCUUUUCAAUCUUGCGAAAAAACUUUUUGACAUCAAUAUUGAAGCAGCUGAUGGCCUGGCUCCGGUUUGGAAUUCUGAUGUUCGGUUCUAUUGCAUCAAGGAUUCCUCAGGCUCACCAACUGCAUACUUCUAUUUUGAUCCUUAUUCCCGUCCAUCUGAGAAAAGGGGAGGUGCAUGGAUGGAUGAGGUCGUUGGACGAAGUCGUGUUCUGUCACGCAAUGGUACUAGUCCAAGGUUACCGGUUGCUCAUAUGGUGUGCAAUCAAACACCACCGGUUGGUGACAAACCAAGCCUUAUGACAUUCCGUGAGGUUGAGACUGUCUUCCAUGAGUUUGGCCAUGCUCUUCAGCACAUGCUUACCAAGGUGGACGAGGGCCUUGUUGCUGGAAUCAGGGGAAUAGAAUGGGAUGCUGUGGAACUACCUUCUCAAUUUAUGGAAAAUUGGUGCUAUCACAGAGAAACCUUGAUGGGCAUUGCGAAACACUACGAAACUGGUGAGAACCUACCAGAAGAGGUGUUCUUGAAGCUUGUCGCUGCACGAACAUAUCGAGCGGGUACCCUUAGUCUACGGCAGUUGAAAUUUGCAACCACAGAUUUGGAAUUGCACUUAAAUUAUGUGCCAGGAGGUCCGGAAUCUAUCUAUGAUGUGGACCAGAGAGUCUCAAAGCGUACACAAAUCAUCCCACCUUUGCCAGAAGAUAGAUUCCUUUGUGGUUUCAGUCAUAUUUUUGCAGGUGGAUAUGCUGCGGGAUACUACAGUUAUAAGUGGGCUGAGGUAUUAUCUGCAGAUGCUUUCUCAGCUUUUGAAGAUGCUGGAUUGGAUGACAACAAGGCUGUUGAAGAGACGGGACACAAGUUCCGAGAAACUAUUCUCGCGCUUGGUGGUGGCAAAGCGCCAUUAGAGGUGUUUGUGGAGUUCCGGGGGCGUGAACCUUCUCCGGAGGCACUACUGCGCCACAAUGGCCUGUUGGCAGCAACUGCCUCUGCAUGAGGUUUCAUGUCGAACCAAGUUGGUAGUUGUAUCUAUGGAACCGGUGGGGAGUUGGACGAGAGGAAAACAGGCAAUUUUUGGGUGCUUGAUUCUGAUUGAUGGACCGGUGGACCUUCCCCCGCAGCAGGAGGCUCCCUCUUCCCUGGAAAUGAUUAUGUUUUUGUUUUGUUAUGUUAUUUAGAACACGAGAACCCCGGGCAUGGAAUAAGACUAGUUUCACUUUCAUAUCGAUAUUAGUUGAAGAUGUUUUCCAGAUUUCACUCAAUUUGAAAAGAAAAGAAAAUGAAUUAAUGCAGGUACACACCACAGCUAGUAUUGCUCUACUUGGGUUAUUUAAACUCGAGCAAUAGAGGCAGAAGCCACUAUCGAAGAUCGAAAGCGUCGGGGCAAAUACAGUACUGGAGCAACGAGUGAUCGGUGGAACUUGUAUGACUAGUGGGAUGGGUUGUGGUUAUGCUGUGGUGAUUAUAACCAGGUCAUGAGUGAAUUUGGUGACUGCUUGACAGAUUGUACUCCUAAUGAUUUGGGUUUUUUACUGGCUACCCAUCCGUUUGUGCGGUGCAACGAGCGGGAGGGCUAUGGCUCGCUUGCAUGCCAAUGAGUGGCAAAAAAAUAUAUUCUUUUGAUGAUUCUACGUAGCCACUAGAUGAUAGGCCUUUGCAAGAGAAGGGGUUGGCUCCAUUGAAAGUAUUUACCUCUUGAUUGUUGAAAAAAAAACUUCAUUGAUAGAAACCAAACCUAUUUUUAGGGUUCUAUCGAUUGGGUUGGGAAAUUGGAGAUUGAAGGAGAUUUUAGGGAUUGAGAAGAGAUUAGGAAUAGAAAUUGGGAAUUUGGGGAAGAACAAGAAUAGAAUUGGCCUAGGCCUUAGAGGGAUUAAGAUCAAAUAUUGAGAGGAUUGGGAGACCAGGGUUUAGGAGAGUUUUCUUAAUAUUCUUCUUAUUGAUUCCCUAGACGAAUAACGACGUACAUAUAUAUAGGAAAAGAACCAGCAAACCCUAACAAUUAACCUAAUACGACUAAAAGACUAAUUAUCCUAAUAUAAUAAUAAUUAUAGAAACCGAACGAAAGUUGGUUUCUAUCAUGAUGUUAGAAACAAGGUUUCUAACGUGUUCGGGAUUGGGGAAAUUAACUAGAUCAAUUAGGGAUUGAUCUAGCUAGGGAUUGGAAUUGGGAAAUUUAAAACAAAGGGAAGGGGGAAGAAGGUUGCUGCUGCCGCAACUUUUGGGAGAGGAAAGGGAGAGAGGAAAGACGCAGGGAAGAAGGAGAGAGAGGGAGAUUAGGUUUUAGAUUUUUGUUAUGUAAUUGCUUAAUGAAAAUAAGACCACUAC